AUGGAUAACUACCGUCGUUUAAGCGAGAAUCCAUUUGCCGACCCGAGCACUACAGAUGUUGGCGGACAUGAAAAAACGGUUCCAUCGGCGACCUUUAGUACAAUUCACGAUCAAGGACUUGAAGGAUACAAUCCUUUUAGUGGAGAAAGGGAGUCUUCGAACACUACUGCACCGCCAUAUCCGACUAUACCCGCAUCAAAGCUAGCUACUGAUGAGCUUCAACGUCGGCAAGAGGAACUUGAGCGAAGAGCUGCAGAAUUAUCGCGCAGAGAGGAGGAAUAUCGGAGAUUGGAGGAGCAAGCUGCCCGAUCGGGUGGAAUUACUCCGAUUCGUAAGAACUGGCCUCCGCUUCCGAGUUUCUGCCCUUGCACGCCUUGCUUUUACCAGAACAUCGAUCUAGAGAUCAAAGCGGAGUUCCGUCGGCUGGUUACCAUUGGAUAUUACAUUUGGAUUUCAUACGCGAUCCUCCUGGCAAUCAACGUUCUCGGUGGUGUGAUCUAUUUUGCCCAGUCAGCUGAUCCCUCUGGAGGAACCCUUUUUGGUGUGUCGAUUAUAAUCUUCAUUCUCUGUGUUCCACUCUCUUACGUUUGUUGGUUCCGUCCUCUCUACAAAGCUUUCAAAUCCAACAGCUCCGUCAACUUCUUUACUUUCUUCUUCGUAUUCUUUGUCCAAUGCAUAAUUCUUCUCAUACAGUUUUUGGGAAUCACGAGUUGGGGCACCUGCGGUUUAUUAGUUGGCUUGGGCGUGGUAAAGACACAUCCCGGCGUCGGGGGCUUCGUCCUCCUCAUCGCUUGCCUUUUCGGUGCAGAACUUGCGGCUUCUUCCUACUACUUUGUGCUGGUGCACCGUACAUAUCGAUCGACGGGCGCGAGUUUUGGAAAAGCUCGAGAAGAGCUGACCACCAGCCUAGCCACCAAUCCUGUAGUCCGAAAUGUCGGUAUGGGCGCGGCGCGUGAGGCUUUCACGGGACCGCCACCACAUGGCGACACUCGUUAUUGA